UUCAGCAACUAUUCCCAGAUUCUGAGCACAGGUUCUGUGUGAGGCAUUUGUACCAGAAUUUUCAGCAAUCAUUUAAAGGUGAGAUUCUUAAAAAUCAACUUUGGGCAUGUGCUAGGUCUAGUUCAGUCCAAGAGUGGAAUACUAAAUUUGAGGAGAUGAAGGCUUUAAAUGAAGAUGCAUAUAACUGGUUAGAGCAAAUGGCACCAAAUACCUGGGUUAGAGCAUUUUUCAGUGAUUUCCCUAAAUGUGACAUCUUACUGAACAAUAGCUGUGAGGUCUUCAACAAAUAUAUUUUAGAAGCUAGAGAGAUGCCAAUACUGACCAUGCUAGAGAAGAUAAAGGGCCAGUUGAUGACAAGGUUCUUCAACAAACAAAAAGAAGCACAAAAAUGGCAGGGCCCAAUCUGUCCCAAGAUUAGGAAGAAAUUGCUAAAGAUUGUUGAGCAGGCUAACAUUUGCUAUGUGUUGCCUGCUGGAAAGGGUGUUUUCCAAGUAGAAGAGAGAGGGACCAAAUACAUUGUAGAUGUUGUGACCAAGCACUGUGAUUGUAGGAGAUGGGACCUAACUGGCAUCCCUUGUUGCCAUGCAAUAGCAUGCAUUAGAGAAGACCAUCUGUCUGAAGAAGAUUUUCUUCCACACUGCUACUCUAUCAAUGCAUUCAAGGCAGUGUAUGCAGAGAAUAUCAUUCCUUGCAAUGAUAAAGCCAAUUGGGAGAAAAUGAAUGGACCCCAAAUAUUGCCACCUGUGUAUGAGAAGAAGGUUGGCCGGCCAAAGAAAAGCAGAAGAAAGCAACCACAGGAAGUGCAAGGUAGAAAUGGUCCCAAGCUUACCAAACAUGGAGUAACUAUUCACUGCAGCUAUUGUCAUGAAGCUAACCACAACAAAAAAGGGUGUGAGCUAAGGAAGAAAGGAAUAAGGCCUAAGAACAAGAUAAGAAGAAAUGUAGUUGAAGCCACAUAACAGCCUUCAGUCAUGCCUCAGGAAUUAAUGGGACCACAAGCAGGUGGCUCAUCACUAUUAGCUGAGGUGAAUGACAAUAUGUUGGAUCAUAUGCUGCAGGAGGCAUCACAGCCCAGUCAACUAACUCAGGAACAUGGUCCACUACCUGACUGUGCUUUCAUUCAAGAAAACCAGCCAACAGCUAGACCAGUGGUAUUAACCACUUCAACAAAAGAGGGAAGAUCAAAGAUGACCAAGCCUAAGAAGAAUGCAGCUGGCACUUCAAAGAAAAAGAAGGCAACAGAUGGCUUGAGUGAUGGUGCUGCUGCAAAGAAGAAGAAGAAGGCUUGAAGGAAUAUAGUACUGCUGCUGCAAUGAUCCAUGCUUGUUCAUAGAUCAUAGGAAUACUUUUGCUUGCCAACUCAUGUUCAUGACAAGAAAUAGUGCAUGUGGAUGUGGAUGUGGAUGUAUAUUUUGGACAUCAAUGUUGCUGCCAUGUAAAUGUGUCUGUAGUGCCAUGACAGCAAACAUUCUGGAUGUGGAUGUGUUAUGGUGAUGUGCUUUUGGAUAAAACAUUAAACUGUCAUGCAAUGAAGUGGCUAGUUCU